GCCUGGCCGGCCGGUGUCAACAGCUGCCAAAGUGGCUCCGUGUGUCGGUGCGGCGCCGCUUUUGUGAGCGCGGUCGCGUCCGGUUCACGAGUUUCGUCGCCGAAAGCCCAGAUUUGGGAAAGCGUGAAGAAAGGAUGGAGAUGGGCUUUGGAACACGCAGAGACAGUAGGUGUUACUGGGGCAGCCGGACGGAACAAGGGGACAUUGAGGCUGUUGAAGCACUCGUGUCAAUGAGUUGCAGCUGGAAGUCAGAUGGCAGAAGGUACACUGAUCUGAGACCACUAACACCUGCCUCCGAUGUGUCUGAAGAAUCUGAGGAUAGUUUAUCAUCCAGCUCUAAAGAUCUCCACACUUUGCCCCUUCUUUGUUUAACCCCACCGUAUAGUCCUCCAAUGUUUGAGGCAUCUCAAAUGGCCCACCCUACAAUUCCGACCCCUUCCGCUCUACCAAAAGGAGGAGUUCCAUUAUCCAGAGAAAUGACCAGGGCUGCAGCAGCGCCAGAGCUGGUGCCCGUCGAUGCAGCAUACUUAAGGAGUCCGCAUCCAGCCAAGGUAGCCACAGGCCAGCGAUCCCAGGCAACGAGCGUGAUUCGCCACACCGCUGAUGUCUUGCCCUGUACAGAUGGUUCCUGUCCGGUUAGGGUGGUCCAGGAAUCCGCGGGGCUGCCAACAGCAGCCGUGGGUGGAACUGAAGGGGAGGUGAUGGAAAGUGAUGGCACUGAAAAGAGAAACUGUGUAUCGCAGGAACUGAGUUUGUCUGUCCACCCAGUAAAUGAAAGCAAUGAAGGACCAAAUGAAGAUCAAAACCAAAACUCGGCUCCAGUAACUAAUUCCACAGUAGUUACAGGACAAGCUCUCCUUUCAAGGACACAUCCUCCUAGCAACACUGAGAUUCGGCAAAAUUCGGUGCUGGUGUCUCCUCCAGCUUAUUCCAGUGUCCCUCCAUUGCCCAUCAUCUGCCAAGUCGUACCGGUGGCUGCAGGCAGCCCCAUUAUGACUGCUGUAAUGCCCAACACUCCAGGCAAGCACCCGGCCAUGAUCCCUCCUCCCCUUGUCUUAAUGGGAGCUUCAGUUUCGAAGGCAGCCCUGAUGUUUGUCAUGCCACAGCCCGCGGUCAAGCAAGUGAAGCUGGGGGUCACCAGCCUCAAUGGCACCCGACUGUCACCCAUUGCCCCUGCCCCUGGGAUCCUGCCACCUGUCCAGAAGGAAGAAGCCCAGAUUGAUGUGUCUCGACAUCGCAGCCACAUCUGCCACCACCCAGGCUGUGGGAAAACCUACUUCAAAAGCUCCCAUCUGAAGGCCCACAUGAGAACUCACACAGGUGAGAAACCAUUCAGCUGCAAUUGGGAAGACUGUGACAGGAAAUUUGCACGCUCUGACGAGCUGUCUCGACAUCGCAGGACCCACACGGGAGAAAAGAAGUUUGUGUGUCCCAUGUGCGAGCGGCGGUUCAUGCGGAGCGAUCACUUGACCAAGCAUGCUCGCCGCCACCUCUCUGCUAGGAAGCUAAGCAACUGGCAGGUGGAAGUGAAGAAGCUGAACGACUCCAUCUCCCCAGUGUCGGCUCUUUAGUCCUUGUGACUCCAGCAGUCAUAUUCACGUUAACCAGUGCAAACAUCACCUAAUGGGAACAGUCGUUCAGUUCUGCUGAAAACUAUGGAACUGAGUGAAUGCAAGUUUUUAUGUAUUAUGUAUGUAUCUUGUAAAUGUUUAUGCUUAGAUGUAAGCAGAGCAUAGCAUGCAGAACUGAGAGAUUACAGAAAUACAUGAAAUUUGUAUGGAGGGAAUAUGUUACCUUCUGAAAAAUGACUGGUUAAAUGCAGUUCUUAUGUGCACAGUGCACACUUUGGGAAGGCGGCAAGUAAGGUGACUUCUAACUGUGAGAAAAGUGAGUUGGUUGCUCACCACCUCUGGCCCCAGAAGCGGCAGACUGCUGGCGAGUAUGCUAUCCAGCACCAAAGUCAGUAUGAGCUGUGGUCUGAAGUAUCAGGUGGCGGCUGUACACAGUGUGUCACUUCUCAGCGGUGAAAGGAGGAAAGGAGAAGUGAAGGAUCAGGAUCUUCCUGCAUUCAUACCUAGUGAAUGGAAAGGGUAACUAGGGAAAACAGUAAGGGAUUUCGGGCGCUGUCUGAGACAGCAAGGAAGCACACUCUUUGAAGCUCACAGUAAAUUUAUUAUCGAAGAAUGUAUAUGUCACCAUAUACUAUCUGGAGAUUCAUUUUGUUACGGGGAUUCACAGUAAAUACAUAGAAACACAAUAGAAUCAAUGAAAAAUCGUACACAAAGAUGGACGAACAACCGGUGUGCAAAAGUCAAUAAAUUAUGCAAAUAUACACAUUUACCCCAUGCUUGCUUUUGCCAAGAUGUUGGGGUAGACAUUUCUAUUUGUGUCAUAGGUGAGAUUACAUUAGCACAACCAAAUGUUCUGGAGCUGAAUGUUGGGACUCACCAUCAACAGGCAACUAAAGCAGAUCACAAUGCCCGUACCAAAUUUCCUUCCCCAACUAUUUACCUCUGCCUUAUGAAGUUCUGGCUAGAGGGGACGAAGACAAUUGACCAAAUGCUGAUUUAAAAACUGUCUUGGGGGAAUACUUAAACUAGCUAUUUUUGUGAUUAAAUUUUUGCCAAAUUUGCAAAUAUAACAAAAAGGAAAUUAAUUGUUCUUUUUCUCAGCAAAGAUGGAAACAUGUCAUUUCUUACAAUAUGAGUUUUUGACUUACAUAUCACUGUAUACAUUUACAUGUUUUAUAAUUACUUGUGUUGCUACUUAUUUAUUUCAUAUUGUUAUCACAAACUAUUGUUUAAUAAUCUACUUGCUCACUUAACUUUUUUUGUGCUCGUCUUCUUGGUGUCCAGCUCAUUUGCUCCCUCGAAUGAAGUUGCUCUGUUUGCAAACAUAAGACACAUGAACAGAAUUAGGUCAUUUGGCACAUCAAAUCUGCUCUGCUAUUCCAUCAUGGCUGAUGUUGCUAUUGUUUGUAGCAGUUUGGUGUUUCCUGAAUUGUUUUCUAAUAUUACAAGAUAGCAACACUUCAAAGAGUGCUGCACUGGUUGUAGAGAGAUGUGGGAUAUACUGAAAUUAUCAGACAACCAUACACCCAUGAAGUUACAUAGGAUCUAGCCUCUUAGUGUCCAAGUGAUCCAAUUCACAAGGAACAGGACACAAAUGAGAGCCUUGUUAUAAAGAUAAAGAUUAUCCUUAUUUGUCACUUGUGCAUCGAAAUAUAUAAUGAAAUGCAUCAUUUGUGUCAAAUCAAAUCAGCGAGGAUCGUGCCAGCAAUGGUCGCGACAGUUUCGACACUAACAGAGCAUGCCCACAACUUACUAACCCUAGCUGUACAUAGGAGGAAAUCCACAUGGUCAGAUGUUGCAGAACCAAGUGCCCUCAUUGAUGAUGAUGCUGACUGAUGCCUCUGCAGAUGCGGAGGAGUGUGAUUAGGGGAGGUUGCCUUCGUUGAGUAUACACCCAUGGGACCCGCCAAAAGUGUUGCUGUGAAGGCAGAAUACAUCCCUGCUGUCUGCACUGUAGCACCUGUGUGCCCAACGAGCCUCCCCAACCCGGGUGAGGAUUAUAAUGCCUUUUUGUCCUCAGCCAUCGCUCUCUAGCAGCUGGACAAGUUACCCAUACUAAUGUCUAGUUAAGAUAAAGUAAUUAAUUCUAAUUUAUUUGUCAUGUACAGUUUACAUCGAAACAAACAGUAAAAUGCACCUUUUGCAUUGACAGCCAGCGCACCUAACAAUGUACUGUGGGCAGCCCACAAAUAUCACCAUGCAUUCCAGCAUGCCCACAAUGUUCCACAGACUAACACAAGCAGCAGCAGCAACAAAAAGAAAGAUAACAGCCAAACAAGCCCUUUUCCCAUCACUUACACCCAUGACACAUCUCCCAAUCCCAGGACUCUGGGCCGCCAAUCCUAGUCCCCUGGAUUUUCAGCCUUCAACUUUGGACCACCCCAGGACUUGCCAAUCUUUUGUGCCUCAAGUUCUGGAUUCGCAGAUCUCCAUCCCUGGUAACCCAGCCCUCGGGACGACUUCUUUGGGCUUUUACCUUCAGCUUUUCCGGGUUUGAUGUUCAGGCCUAUACCCUACGAUCUCUUUUACUGAGACAUUACUGGGCUGCUGGUAACCUUGAGGUCAAAGAGCUACAGGGAAAAGUGCGAUUUCAUAUUGCUUUAUUAUUGUCACGCACCAAGAUACGGUGAAAACCUUUUGGUUCUGCAUGUCAUCCAUACAUAACAUUUCAAAGCAUGAGUACAUCAAGGUAGCACAAAGGGAACAACAUCAGAAUGCAGAAUAUACAUUCAGGGGCCACCUUAUUAGGUAUCUCCCAUAUCUAAUAAAGUGGCCAAUGAGGGUAUGUUUGUGGUCUCCUCCCGCAGUAGCCCAUCCACUUCAAGGUUCGAUGUUUGCAUUGCAAGAUGCUCCUCUGCACUCCACUGCUGUAAUGUGUGGUCACUUCAUUGCCGGCAGUUUCUUUAUAACACUGCCAGUUAAAAAUCAGUGAAGAGUGAAGAUCGGAGUUUGGGAGUUAAAAGAUUGAGGAAAGUUGAUUUCGAUGGAGAAACAGGUUCGACCUUGUUUGAUCCUCAUUCGGAAGGAAUUCGUUGGCUAUCCCCUUGUUAAUCCCUGCGAAAUAUAGCAGAAAGGGUUGGGUACAGUUUUGUAAAGGAAAGGUCAGUGCCUUUAAGCUAUUUCAUUUUCAUCUUCGUAAAUUCUCCGGGAAAAGUAUAGUUCAACUGGGAACCACAACAACACGACGUGAAAGAGAAUUUAAAUCAUCUAAAAAGUCUCUCCUUUAAUGGACUGUAAGCAUUUUGAACUUUUGCAGUACUACCUUGAAGAACUGUUUUUGCAACAUCACUUUAAGAACUGUUUUCACUUUAUUACUUUAAGAACUGUUUAAGCUGCCGCACAGCAGCUGACUUCCGGUUACGUUAGUGGUUUGCUUACUUUUUGGGGGUCUGUUUUUCUGUGUUUAAUAAAUGUUUUAUUUGUUAUAAAAA